GGAUUCCCCAAUCGUUACGUCCUGUAUCAACAUCUAGGCUGUAUAUCAGCCACCAGAGAUUCGUUCCUUGGCCUUCAAUAUUUUUCUAGUCAUUUAUAUAGUCCAAGCACCCCCUGACCCUUCCACAGAGAACAAGGAACCUUUUCAAUCUCUCAGAGUUUGACACCCUGCCCGCCCCGACUCUCUUGUUGUUCUCUCAUCUUGAGCUCUCUUGCACUUGACAUUUGUCCGGUCCGAGCCCUACAGCGUUGAAAGACUUACCAUUCUUCCUUCCACAGAGACGCACGACCUCACGAAAGUAUCGAAAAUCUACACCAUGGACCCCCGGUGGUUUGACGACAACUGCGAGGCAAUCCUAGACGCAUGGAAGGACUAUGAAACGAAUGGCGAGAAGGAGCACCUCAUGAAGGCACUUGACGACGGCUGGGACGAAGUAAUGAGGACCUUUGAAAAAGCACGGGACAAACGAAAGGCCACAUCCUGGCCAAUACUGGUGAGCGACACUCUAACCGAUGCGAUGGUGUCCACCGAGAAGAACCGUACACUCCCGGACUACGCGAUCGUCGUUUGUCAUUGCUCUACUGUAUUGGGGUUCAUUAGGGGCGUGUGGAAGGCACUUGAACGUCGAGAGCCAGAAGAGAUAGACAGUCGAGUGACCCAUCUAAAGUGGGAUCUUAAGUCACAUAAUACGAAAUUUCGACUGGGAAGAUACACACUCCAACCUUGGGGGUCGAAAGACGAGCAUAAGAAGGCAGAGAACAGUCCUCCUUCCACCUGGAAAGAAUGACUCGGUCAGCGCAGUAUGGCUUUAGACCGGUAGAGCUCCCAAUUCUGACCGAUUGAACAUCCUGCAUUGCAGCUGAUCUACCAGAAUAAAGAUCUUCACUCGUCUCGUAUCUUUUGCCCAACUUCCUGUCUCUUUCAAAGGUAGAGCAAUGAUAAUUAUGGGUUAUGAUAAAUUAAGGCGGGAGAAUAGGCAUUGGUCUGAUAAACAAGAUUAUUAGAUCUUCACGUCAUUGUAUCAAAAUCUGAACGGUAUUCCAGCCUCCAUGAAUUCUCU